AUGGAUUACCUGGUUUUAGUGGUGCUGCUUUUGACUUUGUUCAUAAGUCCAACAAUUCAAGGUCCGUACCGAGCUCCUCGUAUCGUCGAGCAUCCAAACAACCAGGUCGUACCCAAAAACGAUCCCGUCACGUUGAAUUGCAAAGCCGAUGGAAAGCCGGAACCAACUAUCCAGUGGUAUAAGGAUGGCGAGCCUAUAAAAUUGACACCAAACCAUCUCUUGUUGCCCGAUGGUUCGUUGUUUUUUCUCCGAACAUCGCACAGCAAAAAAGAGAACGAUGCUGGGGUCUACCACUGUGUUGCGACAAAUCAUGCUGGGAUGGCCGAGAGCCGAAAUGCUACGCUGCAAAUUGCAUUAUUACGUGAUGACUUCCGAAUGGAACCAAAGGAUACACGAGUGGCUGCUGGUGAAAAAGCCUUAUUGGAGUGUGGAGCUCCUAAGGGCAGUCCCGAACCAUCCAUCCGAUGGAUGAAAGAUAACGUUCCGCUACUAUUGGAUGAUCAACUUCGAUCGGCGAAAGAAAUAGGGCGAAUGCGGAUCGUAGACGGGGGAAAUCUUUUUAUCAGUGACGUUCGACCAACGGAUGGAGGUCACUAUCAAUGCAUUGCGUACAACAUAGUCGGCAAACGAGAGAGCUAUACUGCUCGACUCACAGUGCAAGUGAAACCAUUUUUCAAACUAGAGCCAAUGGAUGCCACGGCACUUGUUGGUCAACGAGUGCAGUUUCUGUGUGCAGUAGAAGGAGAUCCUAAACCGCAAAUCCUGUGGAGCAAGGAAAACGGCCACAUUCCUGUUGGCAGGGCCAUAAUUCUAGAGGAAGACAGCAGUUUAGUAAUACGCAGUGUCAUACACACAGACGAAGGGAUGUACAUUUGUGAGGCUCACAAUUCGAUUGGUCAAAUCAGCGCAAAAGCACAGCUAUUUGUUUAUUCUCCGCCAACGAUCGUAGUUAAACCCGAAGAUCAGAAGGCGACAUUGAACGGGGUCGCAAAAUUUCAGUGCAAUUCCUCUGGCAACCCGCAGCCUUCCAUCUUCUGGACAAAGGAAGGCUCUCAAACGCUAAUGUUCCCCAACAAUACGUACGACAACCUGGAGGUUUCGGCGGAAGGAACGCUCCUUAUUCGCGGUGUUCAGAAGGAUGACGAUGGCUACUACAUCUGCUCGACACUAAGUGUGGCCGGUUCCACAGCCUCUCGGGCUUAUUUGCAGGUCCUAACGUCGGAAGACAGCAGCCCUCCGCCGAUUCUGCAGAGUGUACCGGCCAAUCAAACGUUGCCCCGGGGCAAUGUUGCCACGCUGCCGUGUCAUGCCAGCGGUAAUCCGACGCCCAAGAUUCGCUGGCUGAAAAAUGCGACCGAUAUCAACCUUUCCGGCGGUAACGGACGCUUUUCAAUCAUCCAUGGUGGCUCGCUCAGAAUUGAUGAUAUACGAAAUGAGGACAGUGGAUGGUAUCGAUGUGUGGCAUAUUCCGCGAAAGGAGAAACAUCAUGGAACGCCUAUUUAGCGGUUGAAAGUAAUCUUUCCUCGAUGGAGCAUCGCGCACAUAACGCUGGAUUGCUUCCGUCCGCUCCAGGGAUUCCUAAGGCUGUAAACAUUACAAAUAGUAACAUUACUUUAACGUGGAUUCGGGGACAAGAUCAACUCCAGAUAAAUCCUGUAACAGGGGGCUACACGAUAGAAUACUACAGUCCAGAAGAGAAGGCUGGCUGGAUCAAGGCUAUGAGUCGAAUCCCCGGUUAUACGGCAACGAUUACAAAUCUCUCUCCCUCAACGUCGUACAUGUUUAUAAUCCGUGCUGAGAAUUCGUAUGGAUAUUCCGCUCCCUCUCCAAUAUCCGCAAUCAUGCGUACACUUUCAGCAAAUGAUCGAGUAACAAUGCCAGAAGAAAUAGAAACUGCCAGGGUAGUGCUAAAUGGCCAGGUGCUUGAGUUGGUUGAUGCAAUAGCAAUUAAUUCGACGACUGUCAGGCUUGAGUGGCAGCUGCAUAUUAGUAAUACGGAAGAAUACGUCGAGGGCUUGUACGUGCGUUAUAGAAAUCUUUCGACGAUCGAUACCCAAAACUAUAGCAUGUUGACCAUUCCUAUAAAUCCCUCUGAGACACACGUAAUAGGAGGCUUGGAAAAAUUCACACGAUAUGAGUUUUUCUUGACCCCAUUCUUCAAGACGGUAGAAGGACAACCGACUAGCUCGAAAGUGGUUCAAACAUUGGAGGAUUCACCUACUGGAGCGCCCAUGAAUGUUCAGACCGGGAUGGUCAAUUUAACCACAGGCUUUGUGAACUGGCUACCGCCGCUAGAAAAUCUCAUCAAUGGUAUUCUGCUUGGAUAUAAGGUUCAGCUACGUACUAGUAAUUCCUCCAAAGUGUUGGCUCAGAUCACUCUCAACGCAACCACGCACUCGAUCGUGUUCCAUAGUCUUACUACCGGAACAACAUACACAGUGCGCGUCGUUGCGUAUAAUCGUGUGGGUGCUGGCCCUUACUCCAAACCUGCCUAUCUCGUAAUGGAUCCUGCUCACGUUAUCGCACCUCCAAGGGCGCAUAAUUCCCUCAGUGAUAUUGAGGGCUUGCGACAACAAAAUCUGUUACAUGAAACAUGGUUUAUGGUGGUUAUGAUUGUGUUGCUGCUGCUUGUCCUAACUUCGGCGUCAGUGGGAGCAGUAUUAUUUUUCCGAAACCGUGCUAAAGUAAGCAAAGAAAUGAUGAGUGCUACUGUUACAACGAACGCUAGCUCUGAUCCUACUCGAAGACCGAUGGUAGUCUCGCGUAGAGAUUGUCUCUGGAUUGACCGAGGCUGGCGAUCAACCGAUACUGAUAAAGAUUCGGGCUUGAGCGAAGCCAAACUGCUAGAAAGUUCUCAAAACACAGCCAAUUACGCCGAUGUUAGUACAGACUACGCAGAAGUGGACCCUAGAAGCAUAACGUCAUUUUACAAUAGUCGCAAAUCACCAGAUAAUCCAUCACCUUACGCUACAACUGUAUUGGUAAAUGGAAAUUCCAACGACGCUGGUAAAUUAAAUUUCCCUGGUCUAGAUGGGUACAUCUCCGGAACUUCGGCUAAUGAUCCAGCAUACCUUUCAGGGCAUCCUAAAGCCUUCACACCGGUCUCGUACAAUCAAGCUCCCCCUGCCAACUGGAUUGAUUUCCUACCCCCUCCACCGGAACAUCCGCCACCGAUUCCGCAAGCUUUAGACCAUCACAUACACCUAAAUCAUGUAUAUCCCUCGGAACUGAUCGGCUCCAAUGGAGGUCCUGCCUCCACAGCUGCCAUCGGUUCCCAGGGAUCAUCUAUUCGUUGUGGAUCGGCGCAAUCCGGUAGCUAUAAUGGAGGGAGUGCUCAUCAUUCAUAUCAAUAUGUAGAUCCAUCCCUACUAGGACGAGGAUCCUCUAGAAGCAGUUCCAACGAGUGUACCAUGCGAAAUGUGCCACCACUUCCGCUGCCUGCACAGCAGGCGCAAUUCAUACCGUAUGCGAGCAAUACUCCAGGCUCCGCUGAGCAGGCAGCCUACUUUGAUGACGAAGUGUACAACAGUCCAGUUAAAAAUCCAGGAGAGAACAACUAUCAUCCGUAUCGGAUGCCAAAUUCCUCCUCGACGUCUUCUAUAUCAUGCUGCCAGUCUAAUCACUCUCGAAGUAGUCAUUCUGGUGGUGCAAAACCUCACGAAUUCCUCAAUCAACAGCAGCAUCCGGAACAUCAGCCCCAACUGAUGCACACCAAUAUAGUGUUCCAAGGACCCCAAUCACACCUAAACAAACUUAAUGGUGCUAGUGGCUAUGAUGGACAUCUCCCCAAAGGUGUAUGCUUCAAUGAACAAUAUAGAGUUUUGGAAGAAAGUGGCAAAACGGAUGGAAGUGGUAGAAACCAUCACGAACACUGCUCCUAUUUCACGAAUUGUUCCGACGCAUCCGGUGCCAGUAGCAGUAGUGGAAGUGGCGGUUUCCGUAAACACCCAAAGUUUGUGAAAACUGUACAUGUGAAUAUUGAAAAUGCCAUCAACGGCAACUACCACCAGCAACAGCAGCAGUUCCACCGGGAUCAACCGGCCGUUCCUAAGGAGCAACCUAUUAUAACCAAUGGCCAUAAUAAUCACAAUCACCAGCCGUAUAUGUACAAUCAGCAACAUCACCACCAGCAGGAACCGAUCAGCGAGCACGAUGAGACUGAAACUGACAAAAUGCUCACUGGCGAUAGUAGCUGCUAUAGUGAAAAUGAAGACCAUACGAUCAGCAACGGUUGUUCUGGUCCCGAAUCCGAUACCCAUGAGGAAAUCAUGAAAAAAAUGAACUAUCACGAAAACGACAAGCAACAUCAACAACGCGCAGAUGCGUGUAUUGAUAAUGGUGCACCAAUAUGCCCGCUUUAUGAAGAACCGGUGUAUCAGACGUCUUAA